AGUACUGCAGAGUCCACCACACCACACCACACCACACCACGUCUCACCAUGUGCAGAGGACUUGAUCUGCUGCCCAUCACCUGCUUGGAGAGGGCCAAGGAGCUGAAGGCUCUGUUCGGGAGUCUCCUGCAGAAGUCGGACCAGGUGCAGCCCAGGAGGAGCCAGCAGAGUCCCAGCUUCCACGUGGACGAGCGCCCGCAAUGGAAGGAGUCCUUCCACAAAAUGCUCUGCAGUCCCAACGGGUUGUGCCUAUUCCGAGCCUUCCUGGUGUCGGAGUUCAGCGAGGAGAACAUCGCCUUCUACUUGGCGUGUGAGGACUACAAGACCACCAAGCCCUCCAAGAUGUCCGCCAAGGCCAGGAGGAUCUACGAGGAGUUCAUCAGCACGGACGCUCCCCGGGAGGUCAACCUGGACCACGUGACCAAAGCCCUCAUCCAGGAGAGCGUGGAGCGUCCCGCUCGGACGUGUUUCGACCUGGCCCAAGCCAAGAUCUACACCCUGAUGGAGAAGGACUGCUACCCUCGUUUCCUCAAGUCCUUGGCCCAGCAGAGCGGACCGGAGCGCCUGGGCAAAUCCAUCAGGAUCUGCCCGGCCAGCGGCAGGCAGAACUGAGCCGGUCUCAGACAGGAACUUGACGACGCCACAAAUAUACUCGCAGUCCAGGAGACCUGCUGGAGGUGGCAGGGCCCCAGUCCCGGUUGAAGGACCCGAGUCCCGGCUGAAGGACCCGAAUCCCGGCUGAAGGACCCGAGUCCCGGCUGAAGGACUCGAGUCUUGGCUGAAGGACCCGAGUCCCGGCUGAAGGACCCGAGUCCUGGCUGAAGGACCCGAGUCCCAGCUGAAGGACUGUAAGCUGUGAGUCCAGACGGACUGAUGGUUGGGAACAGAAGCACCAUGUUGUGACUAAGAGAGUCUUUAUUUAUUUCAUCUUUUUUACUGUAAAUGUGUAUUUAUAUCAAGG